UACGAUAGUAGACUGUAGCGGUCAUAUACUACAAUUGUGUGUAGAUGCCGGGCAGUCGCCGCGGACGGUCGUAGCACGCGCCGUAGAGGCGUAGACCGCAAAAACUCAUUCGAUUCGACGACACGCGAUUUUUAUUGUGCUUUCAUAAUUAUUUAUGACUUUAUAUUUUAUUGUUUAUUACAAUGUAUAUUUUUAAUUAAAUAUACGUUGACGCUGUUGUCGUUUAAUAAUAUUUACAGUGACAAAAAAGGUUUAAUAACUUAUAAGUGAUAUUCAAAACUUUGAUGUCUAAGUUUUUGGUAAGGACGUUAAUAUUUAUAUUUAAUUAUUCCCAAAAGAUUGAAUUUUUUAAACUUUCAUUAAAAUUAAUUUGAAACCGGUAUAGUGUAAUGAGACAUUAAAUUUUAAAUAAGAAACAAUAAAAUUCAAAUUUAAAAAAUGACGAACGACACAAAGACUGGCACAGGAACGGAACCUCGGGAGAGUGUUCAAGGUACUUGGCCAAGGAGGUCAGACGACGCUGUCAAGAUAGAGUUCGGGUUCGGAGUGCCGCUGGGUGCUAUGGCUGCGCAUCCCGCUUUCCAUUCAGAAUGGGACCUUGGAUGUCCAUCUUCGGGGUUCCACCAAAUGGCUCGGAUGAUGGACCGCAUGAUGGUCGAGAGUCUCCAGCCAUUUGGCUUCGCGAGGAUGACCACUCGGAGGAACGGAGAUAACAGAAACAGCCAAGAUCCUCCCCGAGACGGUGUUAGGACUGAGAGGAGCGAAGUACGGCGUGAGAGAGCGAAGCCCCAGCCUGAUACACAUGCUGCUAACGGUACACGGCAUCCACCUACACAAGUAGUCAGACCAACUCAAGCAAACACAUUCCAAGAACAAACCGUAGAUCAGGUGAAGCAAACAGAUCCAACAACAGAAAAAUGGGCGGGCACAUUACGACGAAGAGAUCCAGAUAUUCAGCCAACAUUACCUUCUAUUGUUACACGGAAGACUUCCUCCACAUCUUCUUCAGUUGGAAGUGGCAGAAAGUGUCGAUCGGUCGAAAGAAUGCCAAGGUCUAGAGGAAGACAAUUGGUACCUAUCAAACCCACAAUGAGAAAAGACGUUUCAGGCGAUGGAAUUGAUAUAACAAUACCAGAAAAGGACGAAAAAGCCUUUGACGCUACUGGUUAUGAAUUACAUCUUGUGGAAACCCUUGAAAGGGAUAUAUUGCAGAAGAAUCCGGACGUCCGUUGGAAGGAUGUAAUCGGUUUGGACGAUGCGAAGUCAGUUCUGCAAGAAGCAAUGGUCUUGCCUCUUGUUAUGCCCGAUUAUUUUAAGGGCAUCCGGAGACCUUGGAAGGGUGUACUACUAACAGGUCCUCCUGGAACAGGCAAGACAUUGCUCGCACGAGCAGUUGCGACCGAGUGCCGGACUACGUUUUUUAAUGUGUCCUCCGCAACACUGACGUCGAAGUACAGAGGCGAUUCCGAGAAGCUCGUCAGACUUUUAUUUGACAUGGCGUCUUUCUACGCGCCGAGUACAAUAUUCUUGGACGAGGUUGAUUCCCUGUGCGCGGUUCGAGGCGCCGACUCGGAGCACGAAGCGUCGCGGAGGUUCAAGGCGGAGCUCCUGAUCCAGAUGGAUGGCCUUGCUGCUGCUUUUAAUCAAGACAAGAUAAUAAUGGUGCUGGCGGCCACAAACCACCCAUGGGAUAUAGAUGAAGCUUUCAGAAGAAGGUUCGAGAAGAGAAUUUACGUAGGACUUCCAGAUGAGGCAACACGCGUGAAACUGCUCAAGUUAUGUCUUCGCGAAGUGAUGUUAUCCGAUGACGUGGAUUUGCCAGAGCUAGCAUCCAGACUCGAAGGGUACAGUGGGUCGGAUAUUUGUAAUCUAUGCAGAGAUGCAGCAAUGAUGACAAUGCGUCGAAAAAUAGCCGGCAAGAGUCCAGAGCAGAUUCGUAAGCUGAAACGGUCAGAGUUAGAAGCACCGGUGUCCAAGGAUGACUUAGACGCGGCGGUAGCCAAGACCCGUCGCACCGUCACUCAAGCUGAUGUAGCGCGCUACACUGGUUGGAUGCAGCGUCACGGUUGUUCCUAGCGGCGGAACAAAGCGCUUCGAGCGCUUUUACGAAGACUCCGGAGCUAAGGGCUGUCGGUACCAAGAUAAAAGGAUUCGACUUCCUAAAAUAAAGGCGUCUAGGUCAGUCGGUGUACAGACAAGACUUUCGACGAAGAGUGUAAGAAAGUCCGUAGCAACGGAAACUUUGGACGUUGAAAAGAAUUCACAGUGCGUUGGUACCGAUAUUUCUUAUAUGGACUUGAUGUAAAGUUUCAGUAUACAUUAGUGACAUGUAGAUAUAAAGAUCGAAUUUUUUUUAUAAUAUUGUUGAUAGAGGACACUAAAUUGAAGUCAACCAAAGGGAAUUAUGGAUUUUAAUAAAAUGAUAAAAUUUUAUUAGUAUACAUAUAGGUACAUACAUAGUUAUUAUGUCUUGUAUAGACUAAACAAAUUAUAAUCUACAUUUUGUGAAUAAUUAUUGGAACUUAUUAUUAUUACUUUUAGAAAUUAGCAAUAUACAAUAUUGAGUAAAAAUAGGCAAUUUAUUGUAAUAAUUUGUUACAGGUUUCGUAAAGGUUUUGUAAAAAUAGAUCAUGAAUAAUAUUAGCUACGUAUAAAAGGGGGUUUGGAAUAGAAAUAUUCAAAUAUAAAUAUAUAUAAUGUGAAAAAUUGAAUUUAUAGGCAUUUAAAAGUUAUUGUUUGCUUUAAACAGGUUUUUUGAAUUUUUAUCUCCAUUUGCUUUUAUAUUUAUGCACGUGCAAUAAAUUGUAUGAAUAUAUAUGUAUUGUAAUAUUACAAGUAUAUACGACACAAAGGUAAUUAGUAUUACUUUUUACUUACCCUGUUAUUAUUUCUUAAUGGCUAGAUAUAUUCUGCUAACAUGAUGCAUGGAAAGCCAUGUUUAUUUCAUGAUAAAUGUUGCAGAUCUUCUCCAACGGUGGAAAAAAAUUAUAGGUUUUGCUUCUUAGAUUAUAUAGAUAAUCUCCAUAUAAAUGCUUUGAUAUAAGCGGGUUAACUUUUGAUAAAUAGUUAUGGGCGAUUCCUCCAUAACUUCUAUAUUUAUUUUCUCUUACAAUGUAAGUACACAUUUUAUUCUUUAUUGGGCACAAAAAGCUAUUAAAGUAGAAAAAAAAACAUAAUAGCGAGCAAUGACGAGCUUAUCUCUAAAAGUGAUUCCUUCCAGCAAAGCCAAUAUGAGAAAAAUUUACAGUUUAUUAGUAGUUACAGUUAUACAUGUUUCAUUUAUUAAAUAAUACCUUAAGAUAUAUUGUGUGCGUACCUAUGUAUAUAUAGAACACUCAUAAUAAAAGAAACAGCUAAUUUGACAAUUAGCCGAUAAAAAUUUGACCCGUUUUUGAGGCUCGAAGCUCUAUCUAUGUAAUCUAAGGUUUGAUCAUUUGAACAUAUUUUGUCUUUUAUCACACUGUUGAUGAAUGUAGGUACAUUCAAUAAUUAAAUAUACUUGGAGUAUAUAAAAGAGCAUAUUUAAUAUUUAACACCAAUUGUCCUUAUAUUUCCUUUUUUGAUAAAAAAAUUGUAUGUUUAAGAAAAUGUUUAAGACUAUUUUCCAAAUAUUAAAUUAGAAGUUAAUCAAUUAUGUAUAAAAUUUAAAGUAGUUUUCAUAGAUAAUUUUUUACUAAAAUUAGGAUUAGUCGAGAAGUUAAAGAAAUAAUACUCAAAUUCGGGUAGAACUCGUUUAUUGAGGAAUGACAUUUUGUAAUUUGUUAUUUUUUUUAUGAAUUUUGUUCUGUCAAUAGAUACGUAAUAUUUCUGUGUUAUGUCAUUGUAGCGUGCAGUUGAGUUUAAUGUGUAGAUAAAGUUGCAAUAAAGGUUUUAAAAUUUG